CGCGCCGGAAGCCCCGUCCCGCCUCGCUGCCGUCCCGCCGUUCGGCGCCCGCUCCCGCUGGGCUCCGCCAUGUCGCCGGUGCGGGCGGUGCUGGCGCUGCUGGCCGCCGUGGCCGCCCCGGCCGCCGCGUACUUCGUCAGCAUCGACGCGCACGCCGAGGAGUGUUUUCUAGAGCGGGUGCCGUCCGGCACGAAGAUGGGGCUCAUCUUCGAGGUGGCUGAGGGGGGCUUCCUGGACAUCGACGUGGAGAUUACAGGGCCUGAUAAUAAAGGGAUUUAUAAAGGCGAUCGAGAGUCCAGUGGAAAAUACACGUUUGCUGCCCACAUGGAUGGAACAUACAAGUUCUGCUUUAGCAACAGAAUGUCCACUAUGACUCCCAAGAUAGUGAUGUUCACUAUUGACAUUGGGGAAGCUCCAAAGGGGCAAGACAUGGAGACAGAAGGUGGUGGAGAUACCUGGGAUGCUCAUCAGAACAAGCUAGAAGAGAUGAUUAAUGAGUUAGCAGUGGCCAUGACAGCUGUAAAGCAUGAACAGGAGUACAUGGAAGUUCGUGAAAGAAUACAUAGAGCAAUUAAUGACAACACAAACAGCAGAGUGGUUCUUUGGUCAUUCUUUGAAGCUCUUGUACUAGUUGCCAUGACACUGGGACAAAUCUACUACCUGAAGAGGUUUUUUGAAGUCCGAAGGGUUGUUUAAGAGUACUUUUCUGGUCCCGGAUUUCAGUUCCACUGUCUACCAAACAUCCUGGUCACAAAAAAGAAGUCAUUUCGUUUCCGAACCCUCUUUACUGAACUGUAAAAAACCCAUUUGCUUAUGUUCCUUCCUAGUUCAAAACAAAAGGAAUUGUUUUUAUAUAUCCCUGUAGCAAAAGCUGUGCUGAAAUCUUGUCACUUAAUUGGCACAUGUUUUCUCACUCCAAUCUGCCUAGUCUGUAUGCUAAGCCAGGCCCAAGCAAGCUGUAAUUCAACUGUAGUAACAAAGCUACUUGAUGUCUUUUCUAACCCUCUUCCCCCGUUUUCACAAGUACUUGCAGUUCUGUCUAGGGAAACGGUACAAGGCCCUAAGGUGACUGUUUGCAUCUCUGACAUCUUUAACCCUGCAGUAGGUGUUACAAAACUGAAACGAAUCCCUUCUUCACUUGCAUAAACUGCCAAGGCGAAGCGAUUGGAGCUUUAUUCUGAUAAUGACUAAAGACAGCUGACCACCUCCACUCUGCUGCUCUCCACACCCAGUUGCUGUGUAAGAGGAAAUCCUCAGCGACUGUCCUACUGACAUCAACUUGGUCCCUAAGUUCUUUUAAUCAAAGUAGUUGAUGCAAACCCCCGUUCUCUCCUCGCUGUGUUUCUGAUCACUAUACGGUUUUUGGGUUGAAGGCAAUUAUGUGCAGUGUCUUGGCAAGCAAGAGUUAACCCUUUGGUUUUUGUGGGUCCUAAGCUCAGACUGUUGAUGCUGCUGCAGAAAGCACCAGUGUUCAGGAAUCCUGGAUCCCAGCUGCCAGUGGGUUAAACCAUCCUGGGCGGUUAUUGCCACGCUAUGCAGCCCUUGUAUUUAAGUUCAGUGGCAGUCUCUGCCUGUAUCUGGUCAUAAUUAGCAUAAUGCUACAUUCUGGUGUGGUUUUCUCUCUUUCUUUCAGGCACAUGUAGGUUUGUUUUUGUAUAAAGUUCCUCUCCUUGGUUAUCUGAUGAUUGGCUUAAAAAUCAAAGCGGCGUCUGACGUGGGUGCUGAGCCAGGAUUAUGUUGUGACUGAUGUAUAUUAGUUGUAAUCAUUUUUGGGGGUGGGGUGGGGUCUUUUCCAGGGGGGAGCCUCUACAAGUAACACACAGCAGUUUUGUACAAUUAAUUUAAAAUUUGUUACAGGUUUUCAUGUUCCAGGUAAAGUUUUUUCAACCUCGGGCAAACACUUGCAGCAGUUCUUGAGAAAGGUGGCUGUUACACCUUAAUGCAACUGUUGUGUGCCAAUAUUUUUGUGUAAAACACUCAAAUUGAAUUCUAAGAUGUACAUUUAAAAAUUGCUUGUGAAUCUAAAUAUGACCCAGGUUCGAGAAAUAAACAAAUUCUUUAAAA